UGAACAUAUUUAAUUAUUUUAAGGGCUACCGAAAUUCUUUGCUCUUUUCUAAUGGAUUCUAGUGUGGCACCAUACAGUUGCAGCCUUAUAUAAAAUUCUCCCUUUUGAUCAGAUUCUGAUGAGAACGAGGUCCUGGUUAUUUGUCUUUUCCCCUACCGUAUUGACCCUUUGUUUGCAGAUUUCAUCCAGAAAAUGGGCUCUUUUAGUUAAAGAAAUCAUCGCUUUGUAGGGCUUUUGUGAUUGGAUUUUGGUGGUUUUUCUUCUGUAACAGCGGUUUACAGCAUUUGGUGUGUUUCCUUUUGUGAUAUCAGACAUGGGUUCUGUCCCUAUGCAGAACCCAACUGUGACAACUACGUCUAAUAUCAAUCAGAAUUGGGAGGAUUUUGAUUUCCGUUUCAGUUGCUUCCGGGUUUCUAAACCCCGACCACAAGGGUUCCUCAUCAAAUCGAACAUUUGCCAGUUCGCUCCUUACCCCAGUUCUUUGAAGCGAAAAAGAAGGAUGAAAGUCCUUAUUCUAUCACAGGUAUCAAGAAGCCGAAUAUGCGCUAUUCCUGAUAUCGAUGAUUUUUACUGGGAGAAAGCUCCAACCCCAUUACUGGACAUGGUUGAAACACCAAUACAUCUAAAAAACUUAUCACUGAAGGAUUUGAAACGGUUAGCCGAUGAAAUUCGUGCGGAGAUCACCUUUGUUCUUUCCAAAACAUGUAGACAUUUUAAGCCCAGCCUUGGUGUUGUAGAGUUGACCAUUGCGAUACAUUACGUGUUCCAUGCACCAAUGGACAAGAUACUUUGGGAUGUUGGAGAACAGACUUAUGCACAUAAGAUCCUUACAGGACGACGCCCACGUUUGCAUACCCUGAGACAGAAGAAUGGGCUUUCAGGUUUCACCUCCCGUUUUGAAAGUGAAUAUGACCCUUUUGGUGCAGCACAUGGGUGUAAUAGUGUGUCUGCUGGACUUGGCAUGGCUGCUGCACGGGAUCUCAAAGGAAAGAAAGAUCGUAUCGUAACAGUUAUAAGCAAUUGGACAACCAUGGCUGGUCAGAUUUACGAGGCUAUGAGUAAUGCUGGAUAUCUGGAUCCAAACAUGGUAGUUAUUUUGAAUGAUAGCAGGCAUUCACUACAAAUGAAGCCAGAGGAAGGAUCUAAAAUGGCCAUCAAUGCUCUGUCUAGCACAUUAAGCAAGAUCCAGUCCAGCAGAUCCUUCCGGAAAUUUAGAGAAGCUGCAAAGGGUGUUACAAAGAGGAUAGGUAGAGGAAUGCAUGAAAUAGCAGCUAAAGUUGACGAAUAUGCACGUGGUAUGAUGGGUCCCCUGGGUUCAACUCUCUUCGAAGAGCUUGGGUUGUACUAUAUUGGGCCAGUGGCUGGGCACAACAUUGAUGAUCUGAUCUGUGUGCUCCAAGAAGUAGCAUCCCUGGAGUCAACUGGCCCUGUACUGGUUCAUGUCAUCACAGAGGAAGAAUGUGAAUCGAAGGACAGCAAGAAAAACGAGAUAGUGUCCAAGCAACCAGAACCUAGGAAUUUGAGCACGUUGAUUAAUCACCCUGUGGUUCUGGGCAAUGGGUUCUCUAGGACAUACAUGGAUUUCUUUGUGGACGCUUUGCUUGUGGAAGCUGAGAGGGACAAGAAUAUAGUUGUGGUACAUGCUGGAAUGGGGAUGGACCCUGCUUUCUCUCAUUUCCAAGCAAGAUUUCAAGACAGGUUCUUUGAUGUGGGGUUGGCUGAACAACAUGCUGUCACAUUUUCUGCUGGUUUGUCAUGUGCGGGCAUGAAACCAUUUUGUGUAAUUCCUUCUUCUCUCUUGCAAAGAGCGUAUGAUCAGGUGGUCCAAGACGUGGAUAUGCAGAGGAUGCCAGUCCGGUUUGUAAUCACUAGUGCGGGGUUAGUGGGAUCAGAUGGGCCAACAUAUUGUGGGGCAUUUGACAUAACAAUGAUGUCAUGCUUGCCCAACAUGAUUGUCAUGGCACCAUCCAAUGAGGCUGACCUCAUCCACAUGAUUGCCACUGCAGCUGCGGUCAAUGACUGCCCAAUUUGUUUCCGAUACCCUAGACGACAUGUCUUUGGGGCCGACCUACCAGCUGGAAGCCAUGGAGUGCCCAUUGAGAUUGGGAGAGGAAGUGUGAUUGCAGAGGGAAAGGAUUUAGCUCUAUUGGGAUAUGGGGUUAUGGUCCAGAAUUGCCUAAAGGCACGCACUUUGCUCUUGGACCUAGGCAUUGUGGCCACUGUAGCAGAUGCACGCUUUUGCAAGCCACUUGACAUGGACCUCGUUCGCCAUCUCUGCCAAGCGCACCCUCUCCUUAUUACUGUGGAGGAGGGUUCCAUUGGGGGCUUCGCCUCCCAUGUGGCACAAUUCAUUGCUCUUGAUGGUCUUCUAGACAAUGGAAAUUUCAAGUGGAGGCCAAUUGUUUUGCCUGAUAACUACAUUGAGCAUGCAUCCCCAAAAGAACAGCUCUCUAUGGCUGGCCUCACUGCCCAUCACAUUGCUGCAACUGCUCUUAGCCUCCUUGGUCGCACCCGUGAUGCCCUUCAGCUUAUGCAUUGAACCCUGAAAGAAUUGAGCACCCAACCAUGGAUAUAACCCUGACCAAGAAAAAAAGGAAAGGAAGUGAGUUACCAAAGUUGGUCAAAUUAUUACCACGAGGAAAUUCUUCUUGAGGCUGAAGCAGUCGAUUUAUAAUUUCAAUGUGAUAACCCUUUUCAAGGCCCUGGGCUCCAGUUCCCCUCCCUCUUUUAUUUGUAAUGAAUUAUUCCUACUUUUGACAAUUAUAGGUUGUUCAGUGCUUAAAUUACUGAGCCUUGUCCUUCAUAAGUUGAUUUUACGCGA